GAAAGGGAGCUGCAAACCAAAUUCUUUAUGCAUGGCGCACAAAACCAGCAAAUCAGCUGGAUGGAGUUUUAAACCACCACGACAGGAACUUAAUUUGAUUCAAUACACUUGCCAAGUGGAACCGCUAGAUGUCCAGCUCUUGAAUCAUCUGCGAGAGCAAGCACAGAACACCGAUGACUUGUCCGUUCUUUUCAACAUUUUGCCACCGGUUGAACAACUCGUCUCGGAGAUUCCGUACACAUUGCCACUGCUGGAAGCGAUUUAUUUGAAAUGUGAAUUGCGAACGGUGGAAGAUGGGCUAAUUCUGCCGACAAAGGAAUUGUGUUGUGAGCAACUAUUCUGCCAAUUGGUCUGGUGGACAGCAUUCUGUGAGCAAAGCAAUUCAUCACUUAAAAAACACUGUGCCAUGUUUGCAGAGUUUCAACCAUGUAUUGCCACUUUGAUGUCGAUUGUCGGAAGGCAGUGUCCCGAUUUGGUGAAAAGAGCUCGCGAAGAUAGAAAUCAGUUGAAAACAUGUUUAGAGAGUCUAGGAUGCCACGGGCUUGUUAAUUGCUCGUCAGGAUUAAUUAGAAUGACUGACGCCGUUCAUCUGGAAUUGUUGAAGCAUGUGGAGAAUCUGAAAAUUAUUUGCUCACAAAUAAAGGAACUUCAACAUGAUCCAAAAUCAAAUGCACCGGAUCCAUCAUGCGAGAGUCACCAGAGACAGAUGAGCAUGAGAUUGUCACAAGUGUUUGAACGAUUGAAGCUUAAUGAAACUCUUCAGUGUGUACUUGAAGAAACGUUUCAAAAUCAACACCUUGGCUCAUUGCUACGCAUCUGUCGUAAGCGUGUCGGAUCGGACAAACUUCUCAUCGGAUUGUUUAAUGCAUUUGCAAGAGCUGCUCCGGAAGACUUUGCUCUUCAACAGAUGGACCCAAUUGUUGCACAGCUAAUCGUAGUGUUCAAUAAUUCAUACAACAAGCUAUUGCAAAUGUGUCCUGAUGAUGUGAGCUCCACGAGAUUGUCUUCGGGAUCUUCUACAUCCUCCGUAUCACAGGGAGCAUCUUCAAUCAAUGAAAAAUUUUCUGUUCGACCGUCGGAGAACUCCAUUCAAUUUGACAGUCUCAAGCAAGAGAUUUCAAAAUUGCGAAAAGAAUUACGAGUUGCCAACUACACUAUUACUCAACUAAGGGAAAAGUCCGAAGAAGACUCGGUGAUUAAAGAAAGUUCCCUUCCACUUCCCGACUAUCCGGAUGCGACCGCAUAUUAUAAUUCCGCAACAAAAGAACAAACGAGUCAAUUGGUCACUCGAUUCGGCGAAUUGUUCAUAUUCGCUAGCAAUGAACUCAGGGAUUCAUUGGAUACUUUACCGGAAAUGGAAGGAGAGGACGACUUGCAAGCUAUUUUCGGACAUGAAACCUUGAUAUUGACUUACAAUGUGGUGAAAGAGCACAUUGAAGACAGAAAGCUAGCGGUAUUGAAGGCAUUGGGAUCUGUAAAUAACAAUGCCAAAGAAUCGAAUGAAUUGACAAUGUUUGAAGAUGCAUUGAGUUCACAGCUUCACAAAGAGUUCACCACAACAAAAGCUGGAGGCCAUAUUGCAGAGGAUCUGUGCCAGCAAGUAUUCAAGAAGCUUGACGAGUACCCCGGAGUUGAAGAAUGUCUAACUAUUCAUCAAUACAUCCAAAAAUGUAUAUCAAUAUCAUGGGACAUUCAAUGCUGCCCGGAACGAAAAUUGAAGUUAGAGUACGACGGAGCCGAGUUCGAGCCGUCCCGUCAUUCCAGAGGAGCUUACUCGGGAACAACCAACCAAGUUGUCAACUUCAUAUGGCCUGCGCUGAUUGAUACUUCAGACAAUCGAGUCCUUCUUAAAGCGAUUGUUUUGACAUGAUAAGCAAUGAAUCACGUGGUUUCUGGGUACACCAACAAAAUUCGCUCAAGAAUUGAAAACUAAUUAACCAAGGUGUCCGUUAAGUAUUUGCUCCAUCCUCAAAAGUUAUAAUCAUAUGAUAUUUUGAGAAACUUUGAUUGUUAACUUCUAAAGUUGUAGCUUUCUCGGCCAAAUCUAUGUAUUUCGUGUAAAUAAACAAAUGUUCAUCAGAAAG